GGACGGAGGGAAGUAGGCCGUGAGUUGGAGCAGUAUGGAGGAUUGUGGAGGAGAGGCGGAAUCUGAUGGUGUGCUUUGUCCACAGCGGCGUUGUGGCGGCGGCGGCGGCGGCGGCGGUGGCGCAGGGUGCGGCGUGUCCGCGGGCGGCGGCGGCCGGCCCAGCGCGUGGCGCGCUGGCGGCCGGGCGACGAGGCAUGUCUGGAGGCUCGCAGGCGGCUGCGGAGAGGGCCGUUCCGCUGCCCGCUGUGCCGCGCACCGCGCCCGCCGCAAGGACAGCCUAAUCAGGCACCUCCGGAUGCACACGGGCGAGCGCCCCUACCGCUGCCCCACGUGCCCGUACGCGGCCAUCCAAAAGUCCGACCUUGACCGCCACCUUCGCUCGCGCCACGCGCACCCCUUCGCCGUGGCGCACCACCUCAGCGCCGCCGCGCCGCCGCCGCCGCGCCUUGCCGCUCCCGCCGCAGGCCUUCCUGGCGAACCACUCGCCCCGCCGCUGCCAUAGUCGCAGACCUCUCCUAAGGACUGCCUCUAGGAUCCCCUUGUCCUUACCUCUUCUACCUCUCUCCCGCUACCCUGUCCCUCCCUUCCCUCCCGCU